GGAACAACAGCAACAGCAACAACAAUAGCAACAGCAACAGCAACAGCAUAACACCAAUGGCGCGCUUGUACAGAUUCACUCACAGGGCGAUCGAGCUCGUCCAAGACGAACAUGGCAGCACCAGCGACAGCAUCGAGGACUCGACCAUUCCCGCAGAGAUCAGCCUUGCCAACCUGACAAUGUUCUCGACGAUCCUCUUCAUCACCGAGUUCCGCAAGAUGGGCUUGGGCGAUUCAGUCGACAUCUCAAAGACGUGCAAUAUGUCAGAAUGGUAUCGUCGCAUCUAUGCCGGAACUGGAGGCCAGCUAAUCUCAGACGAGGAGGAAUACGUUGAUGUCUUGACUUUACCGUCCAAGCCAACAUCACAGGCCGGACUCAUUUAUGCCACCACCAAUCGGCCUGACGAAGAAGGGGACAAGAAAGAGGCAUUUACCGCGUUUCUCUUUGCGCAUCACAAACCAGCGUUGCCCAAGACAGCUCCAUCCAGCACAGGAUCCACACAAGGACCAUCGCCAGAGGCACAGGCGCUUGUUUCCACUUAUGGAGUGACCCACAUAUGGCUGUGUGGGUCGAGCCCUGAGCAGAGGCGCCAGAGGCUUAUGUCGCAGUGCCUGAGCCAUCUCGAGAAAGACGUCCUCGAGUGGAAGACCUCAGGACAGGGGUCAGGAGUCUUAACGGUCCAUACGAUCCCAGAGGCCUUUCCUGGGAUGGUACAAUUCCUGUCCAAUAAUGGCUUUAAGGGUGGCAACAAGGUGGUUGGCGGAGACAACGGAAAAGUACUAUAUUGGAAGGAGCUGUAAACAUAGAGUGAAGCGGCAUAUCGUCAAGGGGCGGACGGGCAACUUUUGUAGGACAUAGCAUGGGAUUCGUCAAAAAUAAACCAUCGGCCCCAGUUUGCACGAAAAUGCGAAGCGCCCUACAUUGAUGCU